GUUUUGGUUCACUGAUUAAAGACCCUCUUUAAACGCUUCUCUGGUUUUCAUAAAAAGAACCCGACAAAAGAGCGAAGAGGGAGACACAUCUCGAAGGUCAAAGUUGAGGGCCAUGGCUCGUGGGCAGCAGAAGAUUCAGUCUCAGCAAAAGAACGCCAAGAAGGCAGCAGAAAAGAAGAAAGGUCAAGCUGCUGACCAGAAGAGUGCAGCAAAGGCCGCACUGGUCCACACCUGCCCUGUCUGCCGGACACAGAUGCCCGACCCCAAGACCUUCAAACAGCACUUUGAGAGCAAACACCCCAAGUCUCCCAUGCCCCCUGAGCUGGUGGAUGUUCAGGCAUAAACAACUGCUGACAGGAUCCAAACAUGAUGCACAAUGACUAUGGACUAAACAUUGAAUCGCUGCGCCUGAAGGAUGUUGAUGACGAACACUGGGACCCAUCAGUAUUCAUGGACAGCAUGUUGGGAUGCAGGGAGGGGGUGGAUGUGUGUAUGUGCUGUGUAUGUACAUGUAUGUUUGUGUAAGAGGAAACAAUAACAACGGGGCAAAAGUACACCAGCACCCCACUUUUAUAUUUAUUAUGUAAAACUACCUUGCUAUUUCACACGGGGGAGGGGACCUGCAAGAUUGCCUGCUAACACUGAAUUCAAUGAUCUUGUGAUGAAUUACUGGGAGAUGUUAUGAGUCUGAAAACGCUACAGUGGGUAUGGAAAAAAAACGACAUAUAUCUGAAUAUGUGGCUUGAUAGGAAUAGAUGGCACAUAAAAGACCCUGACCCUGUAAAAUCACUCAUCUGCAAUGGAUGUGGCACUGCUGUUGGGUUUUAAUCUUGUAACGCCAAUCAUGUAUUUUCAUUCGGGCAGAGAGUAUUUGAAAAAUGAGUUUUCGUCACCAUUGGCCUCUAAAAAUGACUACAAUCAUAUUGUGUAAGCUCAGUAUUUUUUUGAUAAUGGCAAGUGCAGAAUAUUAGCUCCUCCAAACUUUUUUCUUAGGUUCAACAAGAAAGACAGACUCGACAGCUUUGCCUCCUCUGUGCUGCUGCUCCACAGGUGUCCACACUCAGUAACACCUUACAACAGUACCUCACAUUAAACCACACAGCAAAUCUCAUCGUAUGUCCUAUUUUUCCCAAAAUUCUUCUUCUCAUUUUUAAAGUCGUUCUUCUCAGGCAUGUCUUGGCAAUAACACCAUCUUUGUCCCACUUCAGUUUAACCAGGACACGAUUUGCUCUGUGCACAUGUAUGCUUUAAGCAGUUGGCAGAUUGGUUGUUCAUUAUUUCCAAGGAUUCAUUAUACUCCAAGAAUUGAAUUAGAUUUACAGUAAAGAAAUUAAUUCAUUAACUGCCAGAAUGAUUGAUCCCUGUUUUAUUUUUUCUUUUUAGGUUCUUAAUAUAUUCACUAGCAGGCAAAAACCUCACUAAUUUGCUUUCACUGUACUUCUUUUUUUUACCCUUUUCAAUAAAUUGAACAAUGUAUUUAAUGUGA